AUGACAGUUUUCCUUUCCUUAGCUUUCCUCGCUGCCAUUCUGACUCCCGUAGGCUGCAGCAACCAGCGCCGAAAUCCAGAGAACGGUGGGAGAAGAUAUAGCCGGAUUCAGUAUGGGCAAUGUGCCUACACUUUCAUUCUUCCAGAACAUGACGGGAACUGUCGUGAGAGCAGGACAGACCAGUACAACCCAAACGCUCUGCAGAGAGAUGCCCCACACGUGGAACCGGAUUUCUCUUCCCAGAAACUUCAACAUCUGGAGCAUGUGCUGGAAAACUACACUCAGUGGCUGCAAAAAAUUGAGAAUUACGUGGUGGAAAAUAUGAAGUCGGAAAUGGCCCAGAUACAGCAGAGUGCAGUUCAGAACCACACGGCCACCAUGCUCGAGAUAGGAACCAGCCUCCUCUCGCAGACCGCAGAGCAGACCAGAAAGCUGACAGAUGUGGAGACUCAGAUGCUAAAUCAAACAUCUCGACUUGAAAUACAACUGCUGGAGAAUUCAUUAUCAACCUACAAGCUAGAGAAGCAACUUCUUCAACAGACAAAUGAAAUCCUAAAGAUUCAGGAGAAAAACAGUUUAUUAGAACAUAAAAUCUCAGAAUUGGAGGGAAAGCACAAGGAAGAGUUGGACACCUUAAGGGAAGAGAAGGAGACUCUCCAAACCUUGGUUACUCGGCAAACAUAUAUAAUCCAGGAACUUGGGAAGCAGCUGAAUAGAGCAACCACCAACAACAGUGUCCUUCAGAAGCAGCAGCUGGAGCUGACGGACACAGUGCAUAACCUCGUCAACCUGUUCACUAAAGAAGGUGUUUUACUAAAGGGAGGAAAAAAAGAGGAACCAUUUAGAGACUGUGCAGAUGUAUAUCAAGCUGGUUUUAAUAAAAGUGGAAUCUACACUAUUUAUAUUAAUAAUAUGCCAGAACCCAAAAAGGUAUUUUGCAAUAUGGAUCUCAAUGGGGGUGGUUGGACUGUGAUACAGCAUCGUGAAGAUGGAAGUGUGGAUUUCCAAAGAGGUUGGAAAGAAUAUAAAAUGGGUUUUGGAAAUCCCUCUGGUGAAUACUGGCUGGGGAAUGAGUUUAUUUUUGCCAUGACCAGUCAGAGGCAGUACACACUCAGAAUCCAGUUAAUGGACUGGGAGGGAAACCAGGCCUAUUCGCAAUAUGACAGAUUCCACAUAGGAAAUGAAAAGCAAAACUAUAGGUUGUAUUUAAAGGGUCACAGUGGGACAGCAGGACAGCAGAGCAGCCUGGUCAUACAUGGUGCUGAUUUCAGCACUAAAGAUGCCGAUAAUGACAACUGUCUAUGCAAAUGCGCCCUCAUGCUCACAGGAGGCUGGUGGUUUGAUGCUUGUGGCCCAUCCAAUCUAAAUGGAAUGUUCUAUACCGCGGGACAAAACCUGGGCAAACUGAAUGGGAUAAAGUGGCAUUACUUCAAAGGGCCCAGUUACUCCUUACAUUCCGCAACCAUGAUGAUCCGACCUUUGGAUUUCUGA